GUUCGGGGGUCUAGGGCGGAAAGGUACGUAGAUUAGGUAAUACGCGUUGGUGCCCGGAUACCCAUACCGGGUGUGCCUUAGGUAACCAAGAGCCAACCAGGCCAGCCGGAUUAGACCGCAAAGGCUUCAUUCGCAAAACAACAGCCCAGCCGCCAUUCGCAUCGGCUUGUUGAAUGAAUAAUUCAACUUGACCUUGAUCAAGGUCUUCACUUCACUACCAACAAAAUAAAACAAAAAUAAAAGAUAAAAAGUCACAACGUCAUAAUUUGAACAUCUCACCCUAUACCAUCAAAUUGGAUUAGCAUCAUCGCGUGCGUCGAAAUGCAUUAUUAACUUGAGGUACCUUGAGGAUGUGCUAUAACCACUAUGACCGCCGUCACAUUCUCCUCUCAUAGCGCAUACACGUCUGGGCAGCAUCCGAGUCAUCACAUGGCAACCACAUCUUCCGCAUCUUCCGAAUCGCCUACAUCCAAGCCUGUUUCACAGGCGCAUUCUCGCCCUGAUACCAUGACCGUCGAUUCCAACCCUACGCAAUCGCGCAACCAUCAACAGCUGAGUCUAAUGACUGACGUACCCGCAGUUAAUGGUACUUCAGCCACCAUGCCUUCACGACUGGGCUCGAAUGGCCCAACUUAUGCUGUACAGCCUCCCGAAUUACCAAAAGGACGUCCACGAACAGCCACGGACGAACGCGAACCAGUAGAUUUUGGUAGACGUCCGUUAACCGCUCCGGGGAAUAAUGCGGAUCCUCCGCCCUCCAACUCCCAUAAUGACUUGGAAAACAACCAACCAAGAAGAGCAGUCUCUAAGCCACCACUACUACGGUCUAAGAGUGAACACAUAGUAAGACGUGAAGAUGUAGAUCAGGCAGAUGAGGAGAUCUACGAAUGGGGUGCCAGGCAUGGCUUCGAAGACCAUUACCAGUCCGAAGACAUUAUUUCUCAGUUAGCAAACAACUGGUAUAUGUACUUUACGGAUAAGCGACACGAGACCACCGGUCAACCAGACUCGCCUAAUUAUGCGAUAGAGGACUGGCGUAUGCGAGACCGAUUAAAAACUGUUUCGGCUGCUCUGGCUGUAUGCCUUAACAUUGGCGUUGAGCCUCCUGACCAGCUGAAGACAAAUCCAGGAGCUAAGCUUGAGGCAUGGCAAGAUCCCUUUGUACCUCCAGCUGCGAAAGCCUUGGAGGCGAUCGGAAAAUCCCUACAAGCGCAAUAUGAAAACAUUUCGUUAAGAACAAGAUAUAAACAAUACUUGGAUCCAUCUGUCGAAGAGGCAAAAAGGUUCUGCCAGUCACUACGGAGGAACGCCAAGGACGAACGGGUUCUACUUCACUAUAACGGCCAUGGAGUUCCCAAACCAACAGCCUCAGGAGAGAUUUGGGUUUUCAACAGGACCUUUACUCAGUAUAUCCCUAUUUCGCUAUAUGACCUCCAGCAUUGGCUUCAAGCACCGACUAUCUUUGUCUGGGAUUGUUCCGAGGCUGGUAAUAUUCUAAAUAAUUAUCACCGUUUCGUAGAGAAACACGAAGAGGAAGAAGAGGCCGCCGCAGCUGCCGACCCUAACUAUGAAAAAACGAAAUACCGCUCAUACCUUCAUCUUGCAGCCUGUGAUGUUAAGGAGAAUCUCCCCACCAAUCCUCGCCUCCCGGCUGAUCUCUUCACUGCUUGUUUAACAACACCCAUAGAGAUGGCGCUAUGGUUUUUUGUCUUGCAAAAUCCUCUUAAGACGAGUAUUACGCCAGAACGGGCCAAGAAAUUGCCCGGUAGGUUACAAGAACGAAGAACGCCACUUGGAGAACUCAACUGGAUAUUCACAGCAAUCACUGACACUAUCGCAUGGACCUCCUUACCUCGGCAGUUAUUUCGCAAAUUCUUUAGGCAAGACCUCAUGGUCGCCGCUCUCUUCCGUAAUUUCAUCCUGGCUCAAAGGGUUAUGAUGGUCUAUGGGUGCCAUCCUCAGUCAUAUCCACAAUUACCCGAUACUCACCAACAUCCUCUUUGGGAGAGUUGGGAUCUAGCCGUCGACUUGGCAUUAGCACAACUUCCUAUGAUGGAGCGAAAAGAGAGCGAAGGGAUCGAAUACGAGUACCAGAGCUCGACUUUCUUCGCAGAGCAGCUGACUGCCUUCGAAGUCUAUCUCUCGCGCGGAGAUGCCAUGCAGAAGAAGCCACCCGAACAGCUCCCCGUUGUACUUCAGGUUCUGUUAAGUCAACAACAUCGUGUACGUGCUCUUAUCCUACUAGGCAAGUUCUUGGAUCUAGGUCCUUGGGCAGUCCAUUUAGCUCUCAGCAUCGGUAUUUUCCCCUAUGUGUUGAAGCUCCUGCAAUCUGCCGCUGCUGAGCUGAAGCCUGUCAUGGUAUUUAUUUGGACCCGGGUUCUCGCCGUGGACGUCUCCUGCCAGCCUGAUUUAAUCAAGGAUAGCGGUUACAAUUAUUUCGCCUCCAUCCUAAACCCUUCCGAAGCGCUUGCCGUUGCCAAUAGCGAUGAGCAUAAAGCAAUGUGUGCAUUUGUGCUUGCGAUGCUGUGCAAGGGCUACAGACCUGGGCAGUCCGUAUGCAAUUCGUCAAAUAUCAUGACGUACUGUCUGGCUCAUCUUCGGAAUGAAGAAAACGUAUUACUACGGCAGUGGGCGUGCCUUUGCAUCAGUCAGCUCUGGCAGGAUCUGCCCGAGGCAAAAUGGAGAGGCAUCAGGGAGAACGCACCCCUUAAGCUGUCCGCUUUGACGAAAGAUCAGGCUUGCGAAGUGCGAGCUGCAGUCAUCCACGCCAUGACAACAUUCCUAGGCAUUCCGGACCUCACGGACGAGGUGGCUAGGGUCGAAGAGUCAAUAGCCUGGACACUUCUAGAUAUGGCUGGUGAUGGCAGCCCGCUUGUUCGCAAAGAGCUGCUGGUCUUCAUUUCGCAUUUCGUCCUUCGCUAUGAAAACAAGUUUAUUGUUUCUGCUUAUGAACAGCUCGUCGAGGAGAAGGAGUAUUUGCAUUGCCCUCCAACAGAUGACGGGUUGGAGCAUAAAAUGGGUAUGCAUUAUGCUCGCCCGGAAAAUCGCAAUUCGGAUGGAACCAUCAAGGCUACAGCGCAGGGACUGUCAUCCAACACUGUAUUUGCCGCUUGUUGGAAACACGUCUUGAUAUUAAAUGUAGAUCCCCAUCCCGAAGUUCAGCGAGACGCAACGAUCAUCGUUGAUUACGUUCACAACGCCCUUCUAUCGUCAAAAGCAGGCGGCCAUGCCCGAUGCCUAAUGGAUGAGAUUCAAAAGCGAACGCGACGAUCACACGGUCACAGGAAGCAGCCUUCUAUGGCACGAAACGGCAUUGGUACAUCUGCUUCUGAUAUCAUCCCCGCAGAACCCUCACCUGGCCUUUUGAAACGGACGGCAAGCUUGCUAUUCCAAUUGCCUAGCAUGUGGGCUGGGGAAGAUAAGUCGGUUAAUCCUACACCGCAACCUUCUUCCGGUCUUACAAGAACUUCCUCCCAAAGGCAGCGACCCACCAAUGAUUGGGCGGCUCUCCCCGAACAGAUUGAUCAGGCUAGUGCAUCAGCGAGUUAUCAUGUGGCUGAUGAACCUGUGUCGGGAAAAUUUAAAGAACGUCGCCUGGACGAGGCGCCUUGUCUACCCCUUUCGAGCACGUUCCUCGAGUGGUCGAUCGAAUACUUCCGCGAACCGCAGAUGCAUCCUAGCGAGGCUGAGGAACCGGGGAGCACCGAGUACAACGAGCGUUUGUGGCGAAGAUCGCGAAACGAGAGUAUACUUCGGCAGACUCAGCCGCAGAAGCAAUAUGCUGGUAGUCACAGGUGGAACAACCAGCUCUGCAUUAUGAACAACGGCGCUCAGCCGGCGAAGAUGACAUUCCACCAAUACGAAGACCAUCUCGCAGUGGCCGACGAUGGGAAUACGGUCUAUAUUUGGGAUUGGAAGAAGCAGAGCAGGCUGAACCGAUUCUCAAAUGGGAACCCAGAUGGGUCAAAGAUCAGCGAUAUGACCUUCAUCAACGAGGACGACACGGCGUUUUUAAUGACAGGCUCAUCCGAUGGUGUUCUCCGGAUCUAUCGUAACUACGAUACCCCCAAGAAGACCGAGUUAGCAUCAGCCUGGCGGGCACUCACCCAUAUGGUCCCUAGUAAUGUUAAUUCCGGUAUGGUGUUUGACUGGCAGCAGGUAACAGGCAAUGUGCUUGUUGCAGGCGAUGUUCGUGUCAUCCGGGUCUGGGCUGCCGCGUAUGAAACAUGCAUUAUGGACAUACCCGCACGCUCAGGAUCUUGCGUCACCUCAUUAACAUCGGACCAGAUGACUGGCAACAUCUUUGUGGCUGGAUUUGGAGACGGUGCGAUUAGAGUGUUUGAUACUCGACUGCGACCGCACGAAUCAAUGGUCAAGAAAUGGAAAGAUGAUUCCGACAGACAAUGGGUUAGGGAUGUACAUAUGCAGCGCGGGGGUCAGCGCGAGUUGCUUUCCGCAAGCCGAAACGGGAAAGUGAAGCUUUGGGAUAUUCGGAUGGACUCGCCACUCCGCGUUAUCCAAGCAACUCGCGAUACCCUCCGCACAGCAAGCACGCACGAGCAUUUACCAGUGUUCUCUGUCGGAACAUCAGCCCACACAGUCAAGGUUUUCAACUUUGACGGCACCGAACUCUCCCGCAUGGAGCCCUACUCAAGUUUCCUACAGCAAAACCGCGGCUCACCCAUCUCUGCUACCGCCUUCCAUCCGCACCGCAUGAUACUAGGUUGCGCGGCUCGCGGUGACUACCACAUCAACCUCUUCACCUGCGCCAGCGAGAGGCCAGAGACUAUCCUCAACUCGCUAUAGACCCAUGCAUAACAACGUCUAUUUAUUUUUUCGGCUCUCUAGCCAUAGGCAAUAAUCACCAUUCAUCCUCUUCGCAAGUAGAUAGAAAAGAGGAUACGUUUAAUGCUAGUAACGGAAUUGUAAUGACCAACACUAUUAUUUCUAACUACUCUUUUUUUCCUGAAUGCUUUGAGCUCUAGCUCGAGUAACGACUAAGAGCACUUCGUGCGCUCGUAAAUUACCAAGGGAAAGGGGGCAGGGUAGACGAAACGGAUAACUUAAUACGGAUUAGGGAAAGGAGGCGGGUAGUUGUUAAUGUCGGACGGAGUCGGAAAGGAAAUUUAUAGGGAACGAACAGUAUUGUUUGAUUUUUGUUUUUGUUUU